UUUAACAACGAUCUAAGUGAGGUUUUUAGUUUGCCCUUGGAUUCAGCUAUUUUAACUGACCCAAAUGCCUUAUGGGACGAUUUUAAAAAUAAGUUUUUGAGCGUCGCAGAUAAACAUGCACCAAUCAGACAACGUCGUGUCAAGAGUGAAUAUAAUCCGUGGCUGACAAAUGAAAUUAAGCAAAUGAGCUAUCGUAGGGAUUACCUUAAAAAGCAAUCGAUUAAAUUAAGAUCUGCGUAUUAUGAUAAGGCUUACAAGAGAUGUAAAAACAAGUUAAAUAAUCUCAUAAAAGAAACUAAACAAGAAUACUUUGGAGAUAAACUAAGCAAUGCUAAAAAUAGCAAAGAAA